UUGAUAAUACUUGUUUUCGAAAAACAAUCACGUCAUGGGUCAAGAAUGGUAUAAAAUUCGACUUCUUCACUCUCACCCGUUUCAGUUCAGCAUGAUGUUCGCGCCAAGUUUAUCGUUCCUUCUUCUAGCUACAAUCGUUGUACAAAUAAAUUCCUCAAAUAUUAUAACGGAUAGUCCAGUUCCCAUUAUUCACGCAGAUGCCUUCUCGAAUUCCCCUUCUGUAACGGAUUUGCAGUUAUCGGGCCGUGGAAUCGAAGAAAUCCGCCCUGGUGCACUUAACAAUCUACCACUUCUGAGGGCUGUGAAACUGAGCGAGAACAAAUUAACAAAGAUUGAAGACGGAGUAUUUUCAAACUCGAAUAUAGAGUACCUUGAUCUGGACCAUAACCUUAUCGAAAACAUCUCUCCACAUGCUUUUGACAACAUGACUAAAUUAACAGCACUGGAUUUAGACCACAACAAGAUUAAAAAUUUCCACCCGGAGUGGUUACAAGGAAAACCGAAACUUGAAGAGGUGAAUUCGCAGUACAAUCAGAUCGAGCACUUGGCCAGCGGGAUUUUUGCGAAUUUUCACAACGACGUUCAUCUUAACCAUAAUAAAAUUAAGAGUGUGUCAAGGGAUAUUUUUGGCACGGAUGACAAGAUAGUUUUUGGACAGUUGUGGCUGGGUUAUAACGAAAUCGAAGAAUGGAAGGAAGAUUUUGUCAAGGGUGGUGAAGUUAGAGCUCUUGUGAUGAUGUCGAAUAAAAUACAGUGCUUGGAAGGAAACUACGAAAACUUCUUUGUCGCUCUUCAAACUUACAUUGAUGAUAAUCCGUGGGACUGUGAAUGUUUGUUGAAAAUUGCGAAGUGGGCUGUUGACAACCAGAAAGAUUUUGGAAUCAAUGUAGAGAACUCGGCCGAAAAGUGCAAUUCCACUGGCAAGUUUCCGACUAUGAUAAUCUAGUUACAUUAAAAUCAUAUUGAUAAUUGAUAAUAAAGGUGAUUCUGGAGCAAA